GUGUCCUAAAUUAGGGGAGUGGUGUAGGAUGGCGGAGAAGAGGGAGGUCGGGAGAAGGACUUGCAGGUCGUAUCAGCGGGACCUCGUUCUCUGUGGGAUGUGGUGAGGGAGGGAGCCAGGCCUGAGCACCAACUCCAAACUCGGCUGCGUCUGUGGCUGCCUUUCUCGAUUCGAUUCCCGCCGCCACUCGUGCUCUCCGACCCCCUCCUCCACCCCAAACUGCUCGUGCGAAGUCGUUUGAUAGUCUAGGUCAUAGAAUAUUGUCCUCACCUUUCUUAGGACCGUGGGGCCAGGUUACGUUACUUCACCAAGCCCUCAGUCCUUUCAACAUGAAAAUGGAAGAAAAUAUGUCAGUAUGUCUGUAAGGAUUAAAUUAGAUGAUGUAUAUGCCCAGGAUAUACAAAGGGCCCAAUCAAUGUUUGGAAUAGGUAUGAGUGAUUUCAGCGAAGAAUUGCUACGGCCCAUGACGGGGGGUGACCUGGGGGAAACCCGUGUGCUCUCUGGUACAGGAAUGUGUUUUCCUUGGCUCCAAAAGCAUAUACAAAGUGUGGUGACUGGAGGGAAAAAGGAGAAGGAUUUUGCUCAGACAACAAAUGCUUGUUUGAGUUUCAUCCAAGAAGCUCUGCUGAAGCACCAAUGGCAGCAAGCUGCAGAAUACAUGCACAGUUAUUUUCAGAUCUUGGAAGACUCGGAUAGCUACAAAAGGCAGGCUGCGCCUGAGAUUAUUUGGAAGCUCGGAAGUGAAAUUCUCUAUUAUCAUCCCAAAAGCAGCGUGGAGACUUUUAAUACCUUUGCUGACAGGAUGAAAAAUAUUGGCGUCAUGAAUUACUUAAAGAUCUCCUUACAACAUGCAUUAUACCUUCUGCAUCAUGGAAUGCUUGAUGACGCCAACAGAAACCUCAGCCAGGCAGAGACAUGGAGAUACGGUGAAAAAUCAUCUUCCCAGGAAGUAUUAAUCAACUUAAUUCAGGCCUAUAAAGGGCUUUUGCAAUAUUAUACUUGGUCUAAAAAGAAGACGGAAUUGUCUCAGCUUGAUGAGGAUGAUUAUGCUUACAACACAGCAUCCCAGAAUAUGCUCAACCACAGCUGGAAGACAUCUAUAAACCUUUCUGCGUUGAUUCAAAUUCCUGGAGUUUGGGAUCCUUUUGUGAAGAGUUAUGUAGACAUGCUGGAAUUCUAUGGGGAUCGAGAUGGAGCUCGAGAGGUACUCACCAAUUAUGCCUAUGACGAAAAGUUCCCAUCAAAUCCGAAUGCACAUAUUUACUUAUACAACUUUCUAAAGAGAGAGAAGGCACCACGAGAGAAACUGAUAAGUGUCCUUAAGAUUUUGUAUCAGAUUGUGCCAUCUCAUAAACUGAUGUUAGAAUUCCAUAGACUACUGAGAAAAUCAGAAAAAGAAGAGCACCAUAAAUUGGGGUUGGAUGUAUUAUUUGGAGUCUUAGAUUUGCUGGAUGCACUAAAUAUAACUGCUUGGAAAUAUUUGGCAAACUAUCUCAGGCAGACCUUAAUGGGGAAUCAUCUUGCCUGGGUUCAAGAAGAAUGGAACUCCAGGAAAAACUGGUGGCCAAGCUUUCACUUCAGCUACUUUUGGGCAAAAAGUGAUUGGAAGGAAGAUAAAGCUUUGGCUUGUGAAAAAGCUUUGGUAGCUGGAAUAUUGUUAGGAAAAGGUUAUAGAUAUUUUCGGUAUAUUUCAAAACAAGAUCAUCAAGUCUUAAGGAAGAAAAUUAAGCGGAUGAAGAAAUUAGUGAAAAAAUGCAGCAUUGUAAAUUCAGGACUCUGAUAUUGAAUGUUAGUUAUUUCAGAUUAAUAGCUACAGUGUAGCAGAUCAAUAGAUAGUUAUUGAAUGUGUUUAUUUAUUUGGUGUUUCAAGAAGACAGUUUUACAUGGCUACAAAAAAGUUUAUUUUUAUAUUUUUUUGUAUUAUCAGUUAUAGCUAGAGAAACAGUCUCACUGCCUUUGCUCUUUGUAAAUAAAUAAUUUUCCUUUUUGUACUGUAAAAUAUUCUUAAGGAAUAACCUUCAAGAAAAUACAGAAGGUGCCAAAAAAUGUAUACACAUUUUAAGAAAGGAAAAAAACUAUUAAAAUUGUAAUACCCAAUAUAUACCAAUAACCAAGGAUGAAUACAAGUCGUGUAUGCAUUUUUUUGGCACCCCUGGUAUAUUUGUUUAAUCAGAGAAUCAGCUCUUACAGCAGUUAUUGCUGUUUGCAGAUAAUUUGCCUCUGACUAUUGUGUAAUAAACUGUGACUGUGGUACUGUUAAAUGAAUUUAUAUUCUUCUUUUAGAUCUAAGUGAUUCAUAUUAGAUUGACGACCAUGAAGAGUAUAUUGGUGAUGAGUUCUGUUGAGGAGGUUUGGAAACCGAGAAGGAUUUAGAAAAGGACUCCUCCUUUUUCUCUUUUGGUGUUAAGACAUUUUGGGGAUGAAUGAGCUUCUAAUAUUGAGGUACCUUUGACUUGAGGGGACUAAUUUGGGUCAUCAAGGGUAAAGGGGACUUUUCAGCUGGCACUGGCCUACCUUCAAAGGGCUCUGUGUGUAUUUGUUUGCCUGGCACAUGCUUUAGAAGUCCUGUGUCCUCUUUGUUCUCUUGGAAACUGGAUGCAGCAAUAGGCAGCUGGACAGUGGAGGAGACUCUGCCAGUGAAAUCGUGGAUCACACGCUAAGCCCGAUGGGAAAGCUUGGCUCAGAAUCCAAGGACAACUUUCCUGGAAUAUGACCUGAGCUUAUAACAUGUUGUGAAAACUGGUAGAGUGUUUCUGCACACCUCUCUUGGCUCUUACACAUUUACUGUUCAGGUAACUAGUAUUUGAGUUCCAUGAAAGCACACUAACUGCAGAGCAAGUCCAGUAUUUAGGUGGCAAACCACAGAUUUUCCCUAUUGGCUUGUACGCCCACUAAUUUUAAACUGCCUGCAAGAAAAUUGGGGGGACAUACUGUCUUGGGGGACUAGUUUAAUUCAAUAUUUUAUACUUAGUAAGAAAUGACUAUCAACAAAUAAGUAUCCAACACUAUGAUAUCCAAAUGAAACAAGCAGAUGCCCCACAGACAAACCAAGUGAAAGCUCCACGUGAGUAGGGCCAGCCUGACUGCCAGUGGUGAGGUUUGGUAGGAGUUUGUAAGAUCAACAUUGGGGAAGGAAAGACCCUGAUGCUGUGGCCCGAAUCUCACAGUGCCGGCCGCGGUCGUCAGGGCAUCUCCUCCCUGCACCCUGUAGUCAGAAGAAAUAGAGUCUGAAUUGUCGUGAUCUCUAGCAGAACGAAGGUGAGAAGAAAGACAUGAGUACAUACGGUUCUUGGUUUCCACACAAAGCUUAGUUUUCUGCAACUUUGAUGUCCAAUAUUCAUAUCUAAUUGUGCAGUAAGAGCAGUGUGAAUCAACAACUGAAUUUUUUUCAGUUCCACCAAAGUUAAAGCCAGUUUCAUGAAUAAUAAUGGUGAACACUUGACAAGCACUUUGGGCUUUAUAUUUUGUCAUAUCAUCACCAUAGCUCUAUGAACGGUCCCUGUCUUACCAAGAAAGGAAGUCAGGUCCUCAAAGAUUGCCUUACUUGCCCAAGGUCACAGCUGGUAGGUGUUGGCACCAGACCCCUAACACCGUCAUGUGGAUCCAAAGGUCUCACUCUGUUUGUACUGUCUGUGCUGUCCGCCUACUUUAGUCAGUGUUUGUAAUAUGCAGGGCACUGAGCUGGAUAGCAGCUCUUCAUUUUUUCAUUUUUUUCCCAUGUUUUCUAAAAUUUAUUUUUCAUUUAUAGUUGACAUGCAAUAUUACAUUAGUUUCAGGUGUGCAACACAGUGAUUAGACAUUUAUAUACCUUACAAAGUG